AUGAUCCCCCAAAUCUCACCCGACAAGGACCCAGAAUGGAGCGAAAACUUGAACUUGACUCUCAUGUGCAAGGACUGCAAAGAAUACCCACCAAAUCUCGUCGAGGAGUUCUCCUCGGGCGACAUGGUCUGUGCCUCCUGCGGCCUGGUUGUUGGUGAUCGUAUUGUCGAUGUUCGCUCUGAAUGGCGUACCUUCUCCAACGAUGACGCGGGCAAUGAUGACCCCUCUCGUGUUGGUGAUGGUGCCAAUCCACUCCUCAAUGGUUCUCAGCUUCAAACGAGCAUUGCGUUUGGCGAUGGCGGCCGAAGCCGCGAUCUCGUUCGUGCUCAGAACAAAACCACUAAUGACAAAGCUACGAAGCAACUACUAGCAGCAUAUAAAGAAAUCGGCGCUCAUUGUGACGCCGUCAACAUCCCCAAGAACGUCUCUGAUACCGCCAAGCAUCUCUUCAAACUCGUCGAUGACGCAAAAGCUUUCAAGGGCAAGUCGCAAGAAGCAAUCAUUGCUGGUUGUAUCUUCAUCGCCUGCCGCCAGUGCGGUGUUCCCAGAACUUUCCGAGAGAUCUAUGCUUUGACAAGAGUUUCGAAGAAGGACAUUGGUCGAACUUUCAAGGCUUUGGAGAAAUUCUUCGCAUCGGAAACAGAGGCUAAGAAGGGGAUGGCUGCUGCUGUUGCUGGAAACCAAGCAACAGGCACAUACCAGACCACUACAUCGACUAAUGCCAAAGAUCUCUGUCUGCGCUACUGCAGUCAACUUGGUCUCAAAAGCCAGCAAAUUGUUAAGGUUUCUCAAGGUCUCGCUGACAAGAUGUCCACCGUCGGUGAUCUCGCCGGUCGAUCUCCUCUUUCAGUUGCCGCCGCCUGUAUCUACAUGGCAUCCUACCUGUGUGGGAAGCCCAAGUCGCCGAAAGACAUUUCACUGGUUGCUGGGGUUAGUGACGGAACUAUUCGCACUGCGUACAAAUACUUGUAUCAGGAAAAGGAUAGACUAAUCGAGCCAGAGUGGGUUGCUGGUGGCAAGGGCAAGAUGGAGAAUCUUCCAGUCGGCUGA